AUGGCGGGCCAUGCAACCACGAGAUUGACGUGCGAGAGGCUUUACCCAAACGCAAAGCUAAGCUCCGAGCGAAUCGUGCCACUGUCAUUAUUGGACGCCACCACUGUGGACUACUCCGCGACUUGCGCGGCCUGGCUCUGCGAACCCCCUGCACGUGAACAUCGACUUGAAUUGGUGGACCAUCUUCGUCAAUCCCUUACUAUCGCUUUGGACGCUUAUCCUCAAUGGUGCGGCCAGUUGCUGGCAGUGACCACGGUCAACAAGCGCACUGUGCCUCAUACCCAACGAUUCGGUCGUGUGUCGAUUUGUUAUGGCCAUCGAGGAGACCCUGGGGUGGAGUUCGUCACGGCGCAAGCCACUGUGUCGCUAGAUCAACUCCAUCCUGUCUCUCGGACCGUCACGCAGCCGUUCUGGGAUCGCACUGCUACACAUCUCAGCGAAUUUGUUCCCUCGACGCGACUUACUAAUCCGCUCUGCGACGCUGGCGUUUGCGCCGAAAGCGCCCACCUACCCGCAAUGGCCAUCCAGAUCACCCAUCUCACCUGCGGAGGGUUUGUCUUAUCCGUGAAAUUCGCGCAUCCGCUGGCGGACGCACAAACCAUGGUACAUUUUGUGAAGGACUGGGCGAGCAUCAGCCGAGCGAUACUGCGCAAAAGCCACCUUCCAGUCUUGGCUCCAGUCUUUCGACCGGACCAAGUCGAUGCUCUGGCUGCAGGUGACAUCGAUGCGGAUGCGCCGGACGAAAGAGUCCUCCGGCAAGCCGAGAAGCUACCCAUUCAUCGGUAUGACUGGUGGAAUCCAGAACCUGGAUCUUCACGUUCGUCUGACGUCCCUGAAGCAUUCCGUCAUGGAGAGAUCGUCCCGGUAGGCAACCACAUCCCUUGGUCAGAGUGGGAUCUUAAGGCGCCCGUAUCCUACUUCGUCUUACAUCUCACCCGACACCAGGUGGACGUCAUCUACGAACAAGCGCGAGGCGGCGCGGUCAGUCGAAUUAGUCGACACGAUGCCAUCCUGGCUCACAUCUGGUCGUCCAUCAACCGCGCAAGGCAGAUGCAAGAUGACAACGGCCCGGUGCACUGUGAUCUCUCCUGUGGACUCCGGCCAGUGUUUCAUCUCAGUGAGGCUUUUCUGGGAUCACCCAUACUGAUGGCGAAUAUAGAGCUCACGGGCAAGGUGGUGACUGCAACAUCUUUCGCUGAGGAUGGGCGGGAGAGUCUCUCGCUUUCGCAUAUAGCGCAGCGCAUCCGCGAGACCGUAGCCCGUCUCAACGAUCCAGCGAGUUUGGGAGCUUAUUUGCACCGGAUAGCGUACGAGAAGUCCCCGCAGCGGAUUUGGACGGGAUUCCUGGGUCAACGGCAUACCAUGGUGACGACAUGGGCGCGUGCCGGUCUGUACGAAGUGGAUUUCGGGUUGGGAUCGGACACAGAAAGGACGAUUCGCUACGCUGACGGCGUGCUUGAGAAUUUGGAUGGGCUUGUCUUGAUCAAGGAGGCACCGCCCGCUGGGGUUGCAGGAGCUGAAGGUUACUCGUCGCUGACCGAUUGGACAGACUAUGGCGUAGACAUCUCCGUGCAUCUUCGGGCAGAGGAUAUGGAGCGGUUGCUUCGAGAUCCUUUACUGUUACCAGAAGAGUCUCGGUAG